CGAAAUUCAUAGACACAGAGAAAGCUACAGAGAUAGACACAGUGGUCAUAUUUAAGUUGCUGGUUUCCAUUGGUCAGUUAAGUAUUGCAAGUGGGAUACGUUAGCUGUGGCUUAUUUAUAAUUUUUAAUGUAAUAUAUUUCUAUAAAUGAGACCAACUUCCCUCUGUGGUUGAGUAGUUUUUGGGCUGUCCGGGUCUCUCCACAGUCGGGCCUCUGCUGCCCUCUGAUGGCGGCCGUCGCAAGCGCAAGGAAUCAGUGACGUGAGGACCAUCCCGGGGAGGCGAGGUUUGCAUGUGAUUGAAGAGUGAUCUUGGUGCUUCAGCACCCAACCGCCUGAAGAGAUUGUCAGCGGUGGUCAGCUUCGGCGACACUUCUUGCCAGUGCAUGAAAUUGUGUGUGGGUGGGUGUGUGUGUAUGUGUGUGUAUGUUGGAGAGAGAGGAAUGAUAUUAUCCCGGGACUCUGCAGAUGCUAGGAAUUGAAACGGUGCAGGGAGGAAAAGUUGCAAAGGCGGUUGGACAGGAGUCGGCGAAGGAGAGGGAUGUCACGGAGUCUAACGGGGCUUCUUCGAUCGAGCUGGAAAUGCGGAGGAGAAAUGUCCUUCCCCGGUCACCCCGCCAGGCUGGGUCAUGGAGUUUGAAUCUCACCCGUUUGGGCACCGGCAGAAUCCGCGGCGUUGCAUGGGGAUCUUUUUGACACAUUGGCACGAAGCGAGGGCUCGAAGCGGCUGAAGUUGGCGAAACCUACUUACAUGGAGACGGCAGUCCUUCCAAGAUGACUUUUGCGGAGUUUACCAAUGAGAGCUUGGACGGGAACUGCUCCAACGCAUCGGCUCUGAGCUAUGCCGUGUUUCCCAAUGACUCCGUCACCGCCAACAGGUCGGGCAACUCGGAGGGGUUGGAUGUCAACCAAGCGGUGGCCCUGGGCGUUAUCCUCGGUGCCUUCAUCCUGUUCGCCAUUGUGGGCAACAUCAUGGUCAUUCUGUCGGUGGCUUGCAACCGGCACCUGCAGACAGUCACCAACUACUUCAUCAUCAACCUGGCCAUCGCCGACCUCCUCCUCAGCACCAUCAUCUUGCCCUUCUCGGCCAGCCUGGAGAUCUUUGGCUACUGGGCUUUCGGGAGAAUCUUCUGCGAUGUCUGGGCUGCCGUCGACGUCUUGUGCUGCACGGCCUCCAUAAUGAGCCUGUGUGUCAUCUCCAUCGAUCGCUACAUCGGCGUGCGCUACUCUUUACGCUACCCGACCAUCAUGACCGAAGUGAAGGCGGUGUGGAUCCUCAUUGUCCUCUGGGUCACUUCCAUCGUGGUCUCGGUGGGUCCACUCUUGGGCUGGAAGGAGCCCGCACCGCCCGACGAUACCAUGUGCAGCAUCACCGAGGAGCCGGGAUACGCCUUGUUCUCCUCUCUAUUUUCCUUCUACCUGCCUCUCAUGGUUAUCCUGGUCAUGUACUUCCGAAUCUACGUGGUAGCCAGGCGGACUACCAAGAGCCUGGAGGCCGGGGUGAAGAGGGAGAGGAGUAAGACCAUGGAGGUGGUCCUGAGGAUUCACUGCAGGAGUGUGUUGGAUGAUUCCCACUCCAACUUCAAGAACAAGGGACAUCAUUUGCGCAGCUCCUUGUCCAUGAGGCUCCUCAAGUUCUCCCGGGAGAAGAAAGCAGCCCAAACUCUGGGCAUCGUGGUCGGCGUCUUCAUUCUUUGCUGGCUGCCAUUUUUCACCAUCUUACCGCUGGGCGCUUUCUUCCCGUCGAUCAAGCCUCCGGACGUGGUUUUCAAGGUGAUCUUCUGGCUGGGUUACUUCAACAGCUGCAUAAACCCCAUCAUCUACCCGUGCUCCAGCAAGGAGUUUAAGAGAGCCUUCACCAGGCUGCUGAAGUGCCAGUGCCGCAGGAGGCGGCAUCCUCCCUGGCGCCUGCACAGCCAGCGGGACUGGCAGGCCUCCAUCAACAGCUCCGAGCGCGGCUUCAACGGGGACGCCUUGAGCCGGUCCGUCAUGAGCCAGGAGACCCUGUCCAUCAACAGCUCCUCCAAGCUGAGCCGCGGGCGGUGGGGGAGCAGCGAGCGAGCCGGCGUGGGCGGAGGGGCCAACCAAGCGCUCAGCCAUCACAGCUGGAGACUCUUCCCCUCCUUGUCCAACUCGCCCUUCCAACUCAGAGAGAAGAUGAACAACCUCUCCAACAAGUUCAGGGUGGGACAGCACCAGCCCUGUGCUCCAGCCCAACCCAAGGUAGAGGGCACGUCGGUGGAGUCCAUCUCCAUCGGCCUGUGCCAGGAGUUCAAAGAGCAAGCUGCUUAUCAAAUAUACGAUGUGAAUGACUCCUUCGGGCUGAAAGAGACCGACAUUUAAGGUGAAGGCCGCAGGACUUCUCUGGACUGAGAUGCAUGUUCUGUAAACGUGUUUGUUCAAGGAUCGUUGAUGUUUUCAUAUUUCCAGUUUUGACUUGAGAAAGGAUAAGGGGUAUAAAAAAAACACACACGCGCGCAUGCCAAGAAAUCCUUCAGGAGCUCCUUCCAUGCUGUUCCCUUUAUCUUCCUUGGGAUUUCUCUGGCUCAUGCUUCCUCCCGUUGAGAAUCAUAGAGCCAUGCAGCAUGGAAACAGGCCCCCCAGCCCAACUCAGCUAUGGCCAAGAUGCCCCAUGUAUGCUGGUCCCAUUUGCUUGCAUUUGCCCAUUGGCCCUCUAAACUGUCCACAGAACAUAGAGCACAGAACAGUACAACACAGGAAUGAGCCAUUCGCCUCCCCACCCCCACCCCAGAUGCCUAGUUAAACUGGUAUCAUCUGCCUGUGCAUGAUCCAUAUCCCUCUAUUCCCCAUACUCCCAUGUACACAACUAAGAGCUUCUUAAACGCCAUCAUAUCUGCCUCCACCCCCACCCCUGGCAAUGCGUUCCAGGCUCCCACUACUCUCUGUGUAAAAGAACUUGUCCUACACAUUGACAUUUCCACCCUAGGUAGAGAUGGUGGGAGGACUGCAUACAUCGCCCCAUUAUUUGUUACCUGUUGUUUGAAUAGAUUUGUCAGUUUGCUUUUACAUUCAAGGCAUGGAAUCAAGCCUAGCUCAGGAACAUGGUGGCAUGGUGGUGCAGGGGUAGAGUUGCUGUCUUAUAGCGCCAGUGACCCGGGUUCAAUCCUGACUACGUGUGCUAUCUGUAUGGAGUUUGCACGUUCUCCCCGUGACCCCGUGGUUUUGUCUCUGGCUACACCGGAAAAUGUCGGUGACCUGCAACGACCUAUGACGGGUGCUGGCAGUCGCCGAAAAAGUCACGUAAGUGGGACAGGCCCUUAACAGUCAUUACUUGGGACCUAAAUAAUAUCUGGAACACUUGGCAUUAUAGACACAGAGCUAAUUGCCUGGACAAUCCCUGAACUUAACUUAAGAAGGGUUAUGGGUUUGCCCCACUUUCACGACCACUGCCAAGUUUGCCCUUGACUCAUACUCGCACCAUGGUCGUCACGAGGUCGUAGGAGGUCGUAGGUAGAUCGUAGCAGGCCGUGAUGCUAGUCGUAGGUACUCGUGGCAUCAAGUAGGUCGGGGCGUUUUUUCUAGCCUGAUGAAAAAUGUCCACGAGUAAAAAAGGUCGUAAAUUAGGUCGUGAAAGUGGGACAGGCCCUUAAGAAAUGCAUCUGCUUCAGACGAUUCAAGUCCAAAUCUUCCCUUAUGGGAGGUGGUGGCAGGAGCACCUUUAUAAAGCUCAGAUCCUGCUUCCUCAUUAAUGAUACAGAACAAGCGACCGGUAAAUGCAAGGUUCCAUUGAGCCGCAGUGGAAGUAACUCUGCAACAAUACGCUGCAAAAGUUGGGCAAUGCUUAGUUUUGGUGUGAUUACCAAAGGGGAUAUUCGAUUCUCAUCACUCUAAACCAAAAUUGGUAUGAGGAGUUAAGAAGUGCUGGCGUAUAAACUCUUCCUCCAAACUCUUUAAUAAAGCUGGAUAUGAAGUUUCACAUUUGUUUACUGUUUCAAUGUUUGCAGACAGAUAACUUUGGGUCUGAAGGGGAACAAAGAACAUACCUAUGCGUUUAGUCGUUAUCCUGUUUCUGUGUUUGUCAUGUCUCCACCGUACAGAUUUUAGUCGGAGAAGAUACAAUUUGCUCUGGUCCCCAUAUCUAGCAUCACUGUAAAUGCUUUGGCGAAGAUUCCUUGUGUGUUGUCUUCCUGUAGAUAGGAGACAAUUUUGAUCCCUCUUGGGUUGCUGAGGAUACAUAACAUAAAACCCAUUUACAAUGUAUGCAGGCAAUGUACAGUAUGUAUUCAAACUUCUUAAAUUAUAUUGUUAUUCCAUGUCUGCUCUUUUUGUACGUCACCAAAUGCCAUAUUUGAUGUUAAAUUAUAUUUUGGUUAUUUCCUAAAUGUCUUCAAAAUAAACCGCACCGUGAUUAAUUUGCAUGAUCUUCUCCUUUUGGAAUGAAAGAGCAUUUUGAACUUCUAUCAAUGAAAGGGAAUCAGUUGUUUAACAGGACUUGUGAUGUUGAAAUUUGAUUCAGCCAUGACCAAAGCGUAAACAUAGGGUCAUCGAACGUGGAAGCAGGCCCUUCGGCCCAACUUGCUCAUGCCGACCAACAUGCCCCAUCUACACUAGUCCCACCUGCCUGCAUUUGGCUCAUAUCCCUCUAAACCUUUUCUAUCCAUGUACCUGUCGAAAUGUUUCUUAAACAUUGCGUUAGUACCUGUCUCAACCACCUCCUCUGGCAGCUCCUUCCAUACACCCCUCACCCUUUGUGUAAAAAAGUCACCCCUCAGAUUUCUAUUUAAUCUUUCCUUCCUCACCUUAAACCUAUGUCCUCUGGUUCUAGAUUUCCCUAUUCUGGGCAAGAGACUCUGUGCAUUCCCUCCCUCUCCGUCCCUCUCCCACCCUAGUUCUCUGACUAGUUUUGCUGUCCUGAUUAAUUUUACUGACUGUAUGCUUUGUUGUCCACUUCUCCUCUACUAUGAAUAAACCAUUCUACAUUUCCUUGAUCAUCAUCUCCUUUGAUCUGUCAUUUUCACACCUUACCCUUCAAUAACUCUAGUCUCCCUCUCCCCUGACUCUCGGUCUGAAGAAGGGUCUCGACCUGCAACGUCACACAUUCCUUCUCUCCAGAGAUGCUGCCUGACCCGCUGAGUUACUCCAACAUUUUGUGUCUUUCAUUUGUUUCAAUCCUAGCUUCGAUGUUCCAGGCAUGCCCCCUGUGGUGCUCUGCGGUAAGGCAUGUCCUAUCUUUGACCAGGGCUGAACCACUCAGACCUGAGCAUGGCUCUGCACCUCAUCCUGUAUUAGAAACAUAGAAACAUAGAAAUUAGGUGCAGGAGUAGGCCAUUCGGCCCUUCGAGCCUGCACCGCCAUUCAAUAUGAUCAUGGCUGAUCAUCCAACUCAGUAUCCCGUACCUGCCUUCUCUCCAUACCCUCUGAUCCCCUUAGCCACAAGGGCCACAUCUAACUCCCUCUUAAAUAUAGCCAAUGAACUGGCCUCAACUACCCUCUGUGGCAGAGAGUUCCAGAGAUUCACCACUCUCUGUGUGAAAAAAGCUCUUCUCAUCUCUGUAUUAAAGGAUUUCCCCCUUAUCCUUAAGCUGUGACCCCUUGUCCUGGACUUCCCCAACAUCGGGAACAAUCUUCCUGCAUCUAGCCUGUCCAACCCCUUAAGAAUUUUGUAAGUUUCUAUAAGAUCCCCUCUCAAUCUCCUAAAUUCUAGAGAGUAUAAACCAAGUCUAUCCAGUCUUUCUUCAUUGCUUUGGAAACACCACCAUUCAGUCCGGCCGGACUUACUUGCAUAUUUAUUUCCACACGUACUACGGAACAUAAUAAAUUGUGAUAAAUGAACUGGCUUAUUUGAUUAUUUCACCAGUGAUCUGCCUUUUGGAGCAUGCUAGAUAUAUUGGUGUUAGUAGGGGGGGAAUGGGAAGGGGAGAUAGCCCCCCUUAGGCAGAGAAGAAGAGGAAAGCAGACUGUGUUGUAACAUAGAAACAUAGAAAAUAGGUGCAGGAGUUUGCACCGCCAUUCAAUAUUAUCAUAGCUGAUCAUCCAACUCAGUAUCCUGUACGUGCCUUCUCUCCAUACCCCCUGAUCCCUUUAGCCACAAGGGCCACAUCUAACUCCCUCUUAAAUAUAGCCAAUGAACUGGUCUCAACUACCUUCUGUGGCAGAGAAUUCCACAGAUUCACCACUCUCUGUGUAAAAAAUGUUUUUCUCAUCUCGGUCCUAAAAGAUUUUCCCCUUAUCCUUAAAUUGUGACCCCUUGUUCUGGACUUCCCCAACAUUGGGAAAAACCUUCCUGCAUCUAGCCUGUCCAACCCCUUAAGAAUGUUGUAAGUUUCUCUAAGAUCCCCCUCAAUCUUCUAAAUUCUAGCGAGUACAAGCCGAGUCUAUCCAGCCUUUCUUCAUAUGAAAGUCCUGACAUCCCAGGUUGUAUGUUUCUUGGGAUUAAGGUAUCCACAGCAUUGGCAAUUUACAUUAACUCAAUACCUUUAGUAAUGCUAAAGGUCUCAGUGGCUUCAGUGGAAUCGAUUUCAGACGAGAAGCAUAACAUGCAAUCACUACUAAAAGUUACAACAGUCAUAGAAUCAUACAGCAGAGAAAUAAGUCUCAUGGUCUAUGCCUAAUCUAAGCUAGCCCUACUUGCCCAUGUUUGGCCCAAACCUUUCCCGAUCCAUGUACUGUACCUGACCAAAUGGCUUUUAAUGUUGUUAUUGCACCUGCCUCAACUACGUCUUCUGGCAGUUUAUUCAUAUAUCCAACACCACCUGUGUGUAAAAGGUUGCCCGUCGCGUUCCUAUUAAAUCUUUUCCGUCUCAUCUAUGCCCUCCAGUAUUUGAUUCCCCUACACUGGAAAAAUGUCCUAGCCUGGUCUUUAGCUCAGGCCCUCGAGUCUUGGCAACACUCUUGUAAAUCUUCCCUUCACUUCUAUCAGCUUCAAGGCAGAUUUCCUUUAGCAUGGUGACAAAACUGGACAUAAUGCUCCAGGUGCAGCCUCCCCGAUGGCUUGUACAACUGCUCCAAUCUUCUGCACUCAAUUUACUGACUGGUGAAGAUCAGUGUGCCAAAGCCCCUCUUCACCACCCUGGCCGUGAUGCCACUUAAGGGAACCUUGUAUUUCUACACCUAGAUCACUCUGCUCUACAACACACAGGACCUACUGUUCACUCACAAGGACCUACUUUGGUUUGAGUUCCCAAAAUGCCACACCUCACAUUUAUCUGAUUGAAACUCCAUUGACCAUUCCUCUUCCCAGCUGAUCACGAUCCCAUUGUAAUGCUUGAUAACCACCUAUUUUAGUGUCAUCUGCAGACUUACAUGCUUUGUACAUGCUCAUCCAAAUCAUUGACAUAGAUCACAAAUAGCAAUGGGUCCAGCGCCAAUCCAUGAAGUACACCACUAGUUACAGGCCUUCAGUUCAAAAACUAACCUUCCACCACCACCCUUGGCUUCCAACCAUGAAGCUCAUUCUAUAUCCAGUUCCCA